AUGCGCUUUGAGGACAAGUCCGGCAAGUGGAAGGAUGUCCUGGAGGGCCCUGGCCCCGGGUCCGACGGCAAGGAGAAGCUCCUGGUCGCCGUGGCCACUGGAAAGGAGGAUGAGAUUCGGAGACUCUUGGAGUCGAGGGCAGAUCCAAGUGCCGAGGCUUUGGUUGUCGCAGCCCGAAUCGAUGAGAGCAAAAGCCUUGCUGUCGUGAAACUGUUGCUGGAGAAGAGGGCUUUACCCUCUGCGACAGACAGGUAUGGAUGGACGCCGCUGGUGGUGGCCGCUGCAAAAGGCCAUCUGGAACUCGUUUCGCACCUUCUGGAAUGUCAGGCGACUCCAGAUCCCAUGACCGGUCCGGGCAAGAAGAGAGUCGUGACAGCUUUGCAUGCGGCUGCCAGCUUCGCGAAUUUUCAUGGGUCACCAAGCGGAGAUUUGCAAACGAAGGAGGCAGCCGAGGCAGCCAAGGAAGCGGCAGCCAAAGACUUCUUGGAAGUGGCCAGCACACUUUUGCAAAAGCAAGCCGAUCCAAACGCGCUCUUGGAGUGGGAGGGCCAUGAACCCACAUGUCUGCUGGCAGCUGCCAGCGCCAAGGCCGAAGACAGCUAUGUUCUGGAUAUGAUACAUCUCCUGCUGAUGGAACGAGCAAACCCAGAGGCCGCCAGAGAUGGACGCACGGUGCUGUCGGUGGCUGCGGAAGCAGAUGCGGAAGGACAUCGAGCCGAAUACCUGCUGGACCGUCUCCUGCGCGGCGAGGGGCAGGAGUACACGGACCUGGUGCAGAAUCUGCUGCAAGAGGUCCAGCCUGCAAAAGGCUACACCCGCCAGCAGAGAUUGCAGGAGUCCGUGCGCACCAUCCUCGGUCAGGUCCCGGAGAAUAGUAAGCAGGUCAAGCCGAAAGUGUCCCUAGUGACGCGCAAAAGCACCAAGAGCAGCAGCAAGGACGAUAAGACCAGAACCAGCAACGAUUGGGACUUGGAGCUGCAGAACUUGCACUAUGCGCCGAAAGUGCAAGUAUCGUUGCGAACUCUUCCAAUCCGUGCACCCUUGGCAUGCCGCCCGGGAGUGUUGAGAGCUUUGGCAGAGACUGCAAACGACGAAACCUUGGCCUCUGAUACGGUGGAGGCCAUCACUGCUGCGGCAUGGCUGCAGUUGCGGGCAGUCACCGCCAUAGAUGUCUGUCUGGAUGGCAUGGCGGUCGCUUGCUUGUGUGGCGUCACCAUCUCCUGCCGCACUGGUGGGGACGGAAACGCCCCGCUGCCAUUCGUCUUUCUGAUCCUCAUCCAGGCGAAGGAGGCCAUUGAAUGGAUAGUGCACUUCUUCUAUGUGUUUGGUGCAUUCUUCAAAAACCUGGUCAGCCACAACUUCCUCAUGACACCAGUCAAGAGCGAAGAUUGGGAAGACAGCAUUUCCGCACAGGGUGCAGAAAUUCUAGAGACCUUUGCUGAUGCGCUCUUCUUGGUCGUGGGUUGUGCCGCCAUUGCAAGUCAGAUGCAGCUUUGCAGCGAGAACAAGAUGGACAAGGUCUGGAUGCCAUGGUUCUGCUCGAUGUAUUGGCUACGAUUCGUGUACAGUUUACGUGGGGAACGAUGGCUGGGAAUAUAUCUACUUCCGAUUCUGUCCGCUGUGCGAGAUACCUGGGCCUUCUUCUUUGUCACUUUCCUUUGUGUUGGAGGCGCCACCCACGCCUACGUUAUCCUGGACCCCCGAGGAGAAGACCCCCUCCCGAUAUACUCUGCACUUACACACACGGUUCGCCUCGCCAUUUUCGGUGAUUUCGACCUCUUCGAGUACCAGGGCCAGGACACGAACUACGUAUUGAACACCGAAACUAAUGAGUGGGAGCCCAAAGAUCCAAGUCCUCUGGACCUGGGGGCAGAUUGGUUUUGGAGCUAUAGCUACCUGCAGCUCUCCUUCUUCAUCACCGGCAUGGGCAUCACGGUGCUUCUCAUGAACCUCUUAAUUGGUAUCCUGAGCGCUAACUACGACACACACCAGGGCCGGGCACAGAUCCUCUUCGUGCAAGCCAGGGCUCGCAUGUUGCUGGAGCAGCAGCGCCGGCCCUGGAGUAUGGCCUUCGCAUGGCUGCGACGAGGCCUGAAGCCGCAGUCGAGUUCCGACACCUACAAGGAUGCCAGGAGUAAGACGGCGGAGUUCAAAAGAGACUUCUUUCACCUGCCGGAGCAAUACCGUUAUCCUGCUAUUGUGGGCAUCGUAGCCCUAUAUCCACUUCAGCAAGUCAUGACAACCGACAUCUUUGGUCAUUUUCUGGCAGGCGCAGUAUACGGGCCUGUACUACAAGACAACAAGCUGGCCUUUAUCAUACUCAUCUUCUCCCCACUGUUCUUGGUUCUAUCAGUCGUUGUUUGGGUGAUCUUUUGGCCGCUCUGCCUGGUGUUCCGGAUCCAAGGUGUGCGCUAUGCGAUCAAUUUGACUGUCUUCGGCAUCUUUCAUACCCAUUUCGCUUCGGAGUGCCACAUCUUGGCGCUGGUUCGGAAGGAGGAUGGAAAGACCGACCAGAAGGACGUGGUCUUUUAG